AUGGACCGCUUCCUGGGUUUUGUCAAGCAGAUAAGAAGAUCUAGGAGAAGAAAGGGAAAAAAGUACCGACCAGAAGAGGAUUACCACGAGGGCUAUGAGGAUGUCUAUUAUUACGCCUCAGAGCAUUUUCGAAAUGAGAGUCCCUACACUAAAUCCGCCAGCCAGACAAAGCCGCCUGAUGGAGCAUUGGCUGUGAGGAGACAGAGCAUCCCAGAGGAAUUCAAGGGCUCCACCGUGGUUGAACUGAUGAAGAAGGAAGGCACUACCCUCGGGCUGACGGUCUCCGGUGGAAUUGACAAGGACGGCAAGCCAAGAGUAUCCAAUCUGCGGCAGGGAGGAAUUGCUGCUAGAAGUGAUCAGCUGGAUGUGGGUGACUAUAUCAAAGCAGUGAAUGGCAUCAACCUGGCCAAAUUCCGCCACGAUGAGAUCAUCAGCUUACUGAAGAAUGUCGGGGAAAGAGUGGUUCUUGAAGUUGAGUAUGAGCUGCCGCCAGUCUCUGUUCAAGGAUCGAGUGUUAUUUUCCGAACAGUGGAGGUCACGUUACAUAAAGAAGGCAAUACCUUUGGUUUUGUAAUACGAGGGGGAGCACAUGAUGAUAGAAAUAAAUCUCGUCCGGUUGUAAUAACAUGUGUUCGUCCUGGAGGGCCUGCUGACAGAGAGGGCACAAUCAAACCUGGUGAUAGGUUGCUCAGUGUGGAUGGAAUUCGGCUUCUUGGAACCACACAUGCUGAGGCCAUGAGUAUUCUCAAACAGUGUGGACAAGAAGCGACGCUGCUGAUCGAAUAUGAUGUCUCGGUCAUGGAUUCUGUGGCAACAGCAUCCGGACCACUACUAGUUGAAGUUGCCAAAACUCCUGGUGCCAGCCUUGGUGUGGCCCUGACUACCUCGAUGUGCUGUAACAAACAGGUCAUUGUCAUAGACAAAAUCAAAUCUGCAAGUAUCGCAGACAGAUGUGGUGCUCUGCACGUGGGCGAUCACAUCCUGUCCAUCGACGGGACCAGCAUGGAGUACUGUACGCUCGCAGAAGCAACCCAGUUCCUGGCUAACACCACCGACCAGGUCAAGCUUGAGAUUCUUCCCCAUCAUCAGACCCGCCUGGCCCUGAAGGGACCUGACCAUGUGAAAAUUCAGAGGAGCGACAGGCAACCUCCCUGGGAUUCCUGGGCCAGCGACCACUGCAGUCUUCACACCUACCAUCACUAUAAUACGUACCACCCUGACCAUUGCAGAGCGCCAGCCCUGACAUUCGCGAAAGCACCUCCUCCAAACAGCCCUCCAGCUUUGUCUUCAUCCUUCUCUCCUACCUCCACGAGUGCAUACAGCCUGAGCUCCCUGAACAUGGGCACUUUGCCGCGAAGCCUCUACUCCACUAGCCCACGGGGAACCAUGAUGAGGAGGAGGUUGAAAAAGAAAGACUUCAAAAGCUCACUGUCAUUAGCCUCCAGUACGGUGGGCUUGGCUGGGCAGGUUGUCCACACAGAAACCACAGAGGUUGUGCUCACAGCAGAUCCUGUCACAGGAUUUGGGAUUCAACUGCAGGGCAGUGUGUUUGCCACAGAGACCCUCUCCUCUCCACCUCUGAUUUCCUAUAUUGAAGCUGACAGCCCGGCCGAGAGAUGUGGGGUGCUACAGAUUGGAGACAGAGUGCUGGCCAUUAAUGGAAUUCCAACUGAAGACAGCACCUUUGAGGAAGCCAGUCAGCUCCUCCGAGACUCUUCAAUCACAAGCAAGGUCACACUGGAAAUUGAAUUCGAUGUUGCAGAGUCUGUCAUCCCGAGUAGUGGAACAUUUCAUGUAAAGCUCCCUAAGAAACACAGUGUGGAACUUGGAAUAACCAUAAGUUCACCAUCCAGUAGAAAACCAGGAGACCCUCUGGUCAUAUCAGAUAUCAAGAAAGGCAGUGUGGCACACAGAACGGGAACCCUGGAACUUGGGGAUAAAUUACUUGCCAUAGAUAACAUCAGGCUGGACAAUUGUUCCAUGGAAGAUGCAGUUCAGAUCCUCCAGCAGUGUGAAGACUUGGUGAAGCUGAAAAUCCGCAAAGAUGAAGAUAAUUCAGAUGAGCAAGAAAGUUCCGGAGCAAUUAUUUAUACCGUGGAGCUGAAGCGCUAUGGGGGGCCCCUUGGCAUCACGAUUUCAGGAACUGAAGAGCCUUUUGAUCCUAUAAUCAUUUCAAGCCUCACUAAAGGAGGGUUAGCUGAAAGAACUGGCGCGAUCCACAUAGGAGACCGAAUCCUAGCCAUCAAUAGCAGCAGCUUGAAAGGGAAGCCUCUGAGUGAAGCCAUCCAUUUGUUACAGAUGGCAGGAGAGACUGUCACCUUGAAAAUUAAGAAGCAGACAGAUGCCCAGUCAGCAUCAAGUCCCAAGAAGUUCCCCAUUGCCAGCCACCUGAGUGACCUGGGAGAUGUAGAGGACCCGUCUCCAGCACAGAAGCCAGGCAAACUCACCGAUACGUACCCCUCCACUGUGCCCAGCGUGGACAGUGCCGUGGACUCAUGGGAUGGCUCAGGAAUAGAAGGCAGCUACGGGAAUCAAGGCACUGGCUUUCAGGCCUCCGGCUACAACUUCAACACCUAUGACUGGAGGAGUCCCAAACAGAGAGGCAAUCUGUCCCCGGUCACUAAGCCUCGAAGCCAGACUUACCCAGAUGUGGGACUGAGUAACGAAGACUGGGACCGGUCCACAGUCAGUGGUUUUACAGGGGCUCCGGACAGUACAGAGGCUGAGCAAGAAGAGAACUUCUGGUCCCAGGCGCUAGAGGAUUUGGAAACCUGUGGACAAUCAGGAAUUCUCAGAGAACUCGAGGAGAAAGCUGACAGGCGUGUGUCUUUGAGAAACAUGAAUCUCUUGGCAACAAUCAUGUCGGGGAGCACGAUGAGUUUGAAUCACGAGGCCCCUACACCUCGCAGUCAGCUGGGGCGACAGGCCAGCUUCCAGGAACGGAGCAGUUCACGGCCACACUAUAGCCAGACCACUCGGAGCAACACUCUGCCCUCGGAUGUGGGCAGGAAGUCUGUCACCCUGAGAAAAAUGAAGCAGGAAAUGAAGGAGAUCAUGUCCCCAACUCCUGUGGAGCUGCACAAGGUGACCUUGUACAAGGGCUCUGACAUGGAGGACUUUGGGUUCAGUGUAGCAGAUGGCUUGCUGGAGAAAGGAGUAUAUGUCAAAAAUAUUCGCCCAGCUGGGCCAGGAGAUCUUGGUGGCCUAAAGCCCUAUGAUAGGCUCUUACAGGUUAAUCAUGUCCGAACGAGAGACUUUGACUGCUGCCUUGUUGUGCCCCUCAUAGCAGAAUCUGGUAAUAAGCUGGACCUGGUUAUUAGUAGAAACCCCCUGGCUUCACAGAAGUCCAUAGAACAGACUCUACCAGGAGGAGAAUGGAGUGAACAGAACAGUGCUUUUUUCCAGCAGUCGAGCCACAGUGGUAAUUUGGAGAUACGAGAACCCACUAAUACAUUAUAGCGAUGCUUUUUAUAAAGCAGGACAAAAGACAAUAUCUACAUGGUGCUAAAAAAAAAAAAAAAAAUCCCUUUAAGAUUUCUGUGACAUUUGAAGCACAGAUAAUCAUGUGGCAUUAACUGCAAGCACAGGGGUCUUUUAAAUCUCAUGGCUCAUAUUCACUUCCCCUUUCAAGUUGAAGAGGCUUCUUUGUUGGUGAUCACUAUGGUAUAUGACAGGCAAUCCCCUGCCAAGACCAAGGGUAGAGAAAAAGAA